AUGGCCACACCGUUGCCAAAGCCCAUCAAGGGCCAAGCUGACUGGCGGGAUUACCAAGCAGUACAGCUCGAAAAUGGAGUGACAGUUCUUGCUAUCCACGAUAAGGAAAGCAAAAUGACGGCCAUGUCAUGUUGCGUGAACGUUGGAGCUUCCGCGGACCCGAGAUCAUUGAGUGGUUUGGCCCAUUUCGUCGAGCACAUGUGUUUCCUUGGCUCAAGCAAAUACCCUGGGGAGAACGAGUACAAACGAUAUUUGGCAUCACAUGGUGGUCGUUCCAAUGCAUCAACAAGCAUGCAUUUGACGAACUAUAAAUUCGAAGUGCUAGCCGAGCAUGCUGAAAAAGCCAUUGACAUCUUUAGCAAUUUCUUUAUCGAUCCACUCUUCACAUCGUCGGGCACCAUUCGGGAGGUCCAAGCCGUUGAUAGUGAAAACUCCAAGAACUUGGUGGCGGAUGGGAGACGACGUUUGCAAAUUUUGAAAGAUCUGGUAGAUCCGGACCACUACUAUUCCAAAUUCUCGACUGGUAACUCCAAGACACUGGAUACAAGCGAUGAGGCCAAAUCGGAAUACACCCGCAGCGCUUUGCUUGCUUUUCAUGCCAAGCAUUACAUGCCCGAGAACUUCAUUGUUGUUGUUGCUGGUCCGCAACCGCUGGAAACCUUACAAGAUUGGAUUGCCUCUAGAUUUUCGAGAAUCGAGGCGAAAUCAUUCCCAAGUACUGGGCAUAUGAGUGAUGUGGAACGUCUUGUGGCAGAAGCUGCCAAGGAUGCACCUCCCUAUUCCUUCAAAGAACCGACCCCUGAACACAACUCACUAUUUGAAGGAUCUAUCAAGAGCUCCAUGCCGCUCCUUCUGACGACAAAACCACUUCGAUCCAUGCGCAAAUUAGUCUUGAUGUUUCCAAUGAAGUCAGAUCGAAAAAAUCCAGACAAAUCGCCAUCUAGCUUCUUGUCACAUUUGCUAGGACACGAGGGAAAAGGAAGUAUAUUUGCAGCUCUGCAAACCCAAGGUAUGAUCAGCUCGCUCUCAUCCGGUGCAAGAACGAGCGGCCCCGACUUUAAGCUGUUCAGCAUUGACCUCGAGCUGACCGAGAAAGGGGAGGAGCAUUGGGAACAAGUUACCGAGACAGUGUUUGCAUACUGCCGUAUGCUCAACAAAGAGUUGGAAAAAGAAUCCAAGGAUGAAUCAAAGGAGAUGCGUCGCAUCUGGGAAGAACAGAGCAAGCUUGAUAAGAUAUUCUUUGACCAGACAUCACCGGGAGGUGCCUACAGCUAUGCCCCAAACCUGAGUGAAAGAGUAAAUGCAUAUGGUACAAAAGAAUGUCUUUCUGCUGGAAGUAUGUUGAAUGAAGACGCUGGUACAUUUCCGCUCGAUUCCGUAAUUGAGACUGCCAAGUUCCUCGUCCCCGACAAUUGUCUCGUAGAGAGAUGCAGUGCGAAAGCUUGGGAGGAGGCUGAGAAAAAUGCUGAUUCAGGCUCCUUUGGAUUCGAGAGGAAGACAGAACAAUGGUACGACGUGGAAUAUAUCGUCGCACCAAUAGCGGCAGAAACUACAAAGGCAUGGAGCGAAGAUGUACCAAAUAGCAAGAGUGCAAAUGAUUCGACAGAGUUGAGGUUACCGAGUGAAAAUCGCUACAUCCCAAGAUCUUUAGACUUGUGCGAAGAACUACCAGAAGAGGCAAGAGUUCCAAGAAUCGAAAAGCCGAUCGACCCACCCAACCUGUUGAUAAACAACGAGGCAGGGCGCCUGUACCAUAGACUUGAUGAUCGGUAUGCGCUACCGAAAUCGAGCGUGAUUGUUUUGAUUCGAAACGCAGCUACAGUACACAAGAAGGCAAACGAUGGUAAAUGGGACUAUGAUGGUAAAACCGGUCUGAUGUCAACGAUGCUUUCGGUGAUGUUUAGCCAAGCGAUGGCUCAAGAGACCUAUGAUGCCGAUCUCGCGGGUCUUGAUUACAAUCUAUCACUAGGUCCAUCUGGGGUCAAGCUACAUUGCUAUGGAUUUUCCGAUCGAGUUCCAGAUUUGGCAACGACAGUGCUAGAGAACUUUCUUGCUGGCGAUUUUCUAAAGGAUGCCUAUUUUGUUUCCACAAAGGAUCGUCUGGUUCGGGGCUUGGACACUUUCUUUUCGUCUCGCCGAGCUGAUUCACUUGGGAUUUACUACCGUGACGCCCUUCUUGCUUCGAAAGAUGGUAGUAUUAAUGAUAGUCUGUUGCAAACUAAAGAUAUCGAUAUGGACGCUUUGAGAGAACAUCAUAAGUCGAUCGUGGAGAACAAAGAAGUGUUAUUGGACUGUCUUUUCACUGGAAAUGUGUCAGCAAUGACGGCCAAGAGCUUGUUUUCUGACGUCGAUGCUACCAUCUGUCGCGCCACGGGAUCUUCUCUGGAAGCAAGACCGUCGCUUUCUUUCGUUCCGGCAACCGACUUGGAGCGACGAGUCAUGCCACAAGAAGAUAUCGAGCUUCAUUUUCAGAGUGAAAAUCCCCAAGAAGAAAAUGGGGCCGUGGUAUUCACAUAUCAAUCACCCUUUCCCUCUUUCCGAGGCAAAGGGUUGUCCCACGAUUCGAGUCUGAAGUCCACUUCUGCUAUGCGUCUACUGUGCCAUAUGCUAAGGGAGCCACUUUUCGACGAGCUGAGAACCAAGCAACAGCUGGGGUACAUUGUCAGCUCCUACUACGAUAGAGGUUUUUCGGCACGUCAACCAGAUGACGACAAAGUCUUGGAUCCAUCAAUGGUCCCAGUGGACUUUAUCACUAUCAGCGUUCUUAGCCGAAAGCUACCACCAAUUGAUAUUGCAACACGCAUCGACGAAUUCUUGGAGCAAUUCCGAAAUUCAUUGCACGAGAUGCCAGAAUCCGAGAUCAGAGAUCAUGCAGAUGCUCUGAGCAAGAAGUUGCUGAAACCUAUCCAGAAGUUGCUCACUGAAUCCAAUACUCACUUUGGUAAAAUCCACCGCUUUGCACCCGAAUGCUUCUCAACAACGGAUGAAGGGAAGAGCGAGCCGUUGCCAUGGAAAACAGAUGAGGACUUGGCGGAGUGCAUUCAAUCACUGAGUCGAGCAGAACUUGUGGAAACUUGGGAUCGAAUUAUAGGCCCAGCCAGCCGUGCCCGUAUCGUUUCUUGUGUAUACGGGAAUACGUUCCCCCUGACAGACAAAUCGAAUGGCGGAGGUUUGAUGUCAAGCUUUGGACUUGGGAGUCGUUCCGCGAAAAUCACAAACGACUUUUCCAAGUUGGUCAACUAUCGGCAACGAAUGGGUGUUUUCAAUAAUCAGGCAACUGUCGUGAGCAAGAGAAGCUACUCAUCCAUUGCAUCCCCAAGAAAUUUCCUUGGGUCAUCAUCUUCCAAACUGACGUCGACAAUUCCGAUAGUUGGAAUGGGCGUUGUUGGUGUGGCUGGUAUGGUUGGCUGGACCAUGAUGCGCAACCAGAAAGCUACAUCCUCGAAAUAG